GCCAGGAAGUGGUUUUCGGUUUUGUUGACAGUAAUGAUGGAGGAGGAAGAAUUUGAAUUAGCUGAAGAUUUAGAAGCUAUUUUGCACCUUACGCCUGAAGUGCAACUUGCGAUCGAGCAGGUUUUUCCCAGCCAGGACCCACUGGAUAGAGCAGACUUCAAUGCAGUGGAAUACAUCAAUACACUGUUCCCCACGGAGCAGUCUUUAGCUAACAUUGAUGAUGUUGUCAACAAGAUACGCCUCAAAAUUAGACGCUUGGACGACAACAUCAGGACAGUGGUCAGAGGACAAACCAAUGUCGGCCAGGAUGGCAGACAGGCAUUGGAGGAGGCACAGAUAGCCAUUCAGCAGCUUUUUGGCAAAAUCAAAGACAUCAAAGACAAGGCAGAGAAGUCUGAACAAAUGGUCAAAGAGAUAACAAGAGACAUUAAGCAGCUGGACCAUGCCAAGCGGCACCUCACCACAUCCAUCACCACGCUCAAUCACCUGCACAUGUUGGCAGGGGGCGUGGACUCUUUAGAAGCAAUGACCAGAAAGAGGCAGUAUGGAGAGGUGGCCAAUCUGCUACAGGGAGUGGUGAAUGUGCUCGAACAUUUCCAAAAAUACAUGGGAAUUCCACAGAUCAGACAGCUGUCAGAAAGAGUAAAAGCAGCACAAAGUGAACUGGGAACACAGAUACUGGCUGAUUUUGAGGAAGCAUUUCCCUCCCAAGGCUCCAAGAGACCAGGAGGACCCAGUAAUGUCCUCCGGGAUGCCUGUCUGGUGGCUAAUGUUUUAGACCCACGCAUCAAACAGGAAAUCAUUAAAAAGUUCAUCCGACAGCACCUAUCUGAGUACCUAGUUCUUUUUCAGGAAAACCAAGAUGUUGCCUGGCUCGACAAGAUUGAUCGGCGUUAUGCUUGGAUCAAGCGGCAGCUUGUAGAUUAUGAAGAAAAAUAUGGUCGUAUGUUUCCUGAAGAGUGGUGUAUGACUGAACGUAUAGCUGUAGAGUUUUGCCAUAUCACGCGAGUGGAGCUGGCCAAAGUUAUGAGAACUCGAGCAAAGGAAAUUGAAGUGAAACUACUGCUUUUUGCCAUUCAGAGGACUACAAACUUUGAGGGUCUGCUGGCCAAACGCUUCACAGGAUGCACAUUGACUGAUACUACACCUGGGCAGAAAAGACCAGAGAGCCCUCUUGACCCCACUAACCCUUUCCUAGAAGAUGAGCCUGGUGAAGAUGUGGGCGGAGAGAAGGAUGAUGAUCUUUCUAGGCCCAGGAAGCCUAAAGCACCAGACAAUCCUUUCCAUGGCAUUGUGUCCAAGUGCUUUGAGCCUCACCUCUAUGUCUACAUAGAGUCUCAAGACAAGAAUCUGGGUGAACUUAUCGACCGUUUUGUAGCUGACUUCCGAGCACAGGGCCCACCCAAAGCGGGGACAGAGGAAGGUGGAGCAGUGUUGCCCAGCUGUGCUGACCUCUUUGUCUAUUACAAGAAAUGCAUGGUUCAGUGCUCCCAGCUCAGCACCGGGGAGCCUAUGAUCGCCUUAACAACCAUCUUUCAAAAAUAUUUAAGAGAAUAUGCUUGGAAAAUUUUGUCAGGCAACCUGCCUAAGUCCAAUAGCAACAGUGGGGGUCUGACUAUCACCAGUCUGCUGAAAGAGAAGGAAGGGUCAGAGACGGCAAAAUUCACUGUAGAUGAGCUCUGUCUAAUUUGUAGCAUCCUUAGUACAGCAGAGUACUGCUUGGCCACAACACAACAGCUAGAGGAGAAACUCAAGGAGAAGGUAGACAAACCCCUUGUGGAGAGGAUUAAUUUGACUGGGGAAAUGGACACAUUUAGCACUGUCAUCUCAAACAGUAUUCAACUACUGGUCCAAGAUCUUGAUGCUGCAUGCGACCCUGCACUCACUGCUAUGAGCAAAAUGCCAUGGCAAAGUGUGGAGCAUGUAGGAGACCAGAGCCCUUAUGUAACGUCCAUCAUCAUGCACAUUAAACAGAAUGUGCCCAUCAUCAGAGACAACCUUGCGUCCACUCGCAAGUAUUUCACUCAAUUCUGCAUCAAAUUUACCAACUCUUUCAUUCCCAAAUUCAUCAAUCACCUCUUUAGAUGUAAGCCUAUCAGCAUGGUCGGAGCUGAACAGCUCCUUCUGGACACCCACUCAUUGAAGACGGUGCUGUUAGAUCUUCCUUCCAUAGGGUCACAGGUGCUCCGUAAGGCCCCUGCCAGUUACACAAAGAUAGUGGUGAAAGGAAUGACAAGAGCCGAGAUGAUCCUUAAGGUGGUGAUGGCACCACAUGAACCCCCAGUGGUGUUUGUGGAUAACUACAUCAAGCUGUUGGCUGAUGGGAACCCCGAAACAUUCCAGAAGAUCUUGGACAUGAAGGGUUUGAAGCGUAGUGAGCAGAGCAGUAUGCUGGAGCUGUUCAGACAGAGACUCCCCACACCUCCUUCAGGGGCAGACACAGGGCCCUCACUGUCCUUCAGCACCCCCACCCCAGAGCAAGAGUCUUCUCGCAUCCGCCGACUGGAGAAACUCAUCAAGAAAAGACUGUGACCACACACUGCAGCUGUAAUUCAAGUGUUCACCCCAAAUACUAUUAUUUUCCAUGCUCUGUAAAAGAUAAAAA